UUGUCUACCAAUCUACCGAGAACUCGUAAAAAUGGCAUCAGUCGUGGAAAAGAUCCAAGAAAGUCGGUCGAAGCCGAAAUGGCUCGUACACAAAAAAACAAAGCUACAUCAUUCCAUUUGGGAACAUUGAAGGCCAAGUUGGCCAAACUACGUAAAGAAUUAAUGACACCGCAAGGGGGAGGCGGCGGCGGUGGUGUUGGUUUUGAUGUGGCAAAAACUGGUGUUGCCCGGAUUGGUUUUGUUGGAUUUCCUUCAGUGGGAAAAUCCACGCUAAUGUCUAAGUUGACUGGUACUUUUUCCGCCGUUGCAGCAUACGAGUUUACCACCUUGACUACCGUCCCAGGUGUGCUUCAAUAUAAGGGCGCAAAGAUUCAGAUUCUUGAUUUGCCUGGUAUUGUCGAAGGUGCAAAAGAUGGUAGAGGUCGUGGUAAACAGGUUAUCGCGGUGGCCCGUACUUGUUCACUCAUUUUCCUUGUGCUCGAUGUGUUAAAGCCUCUUACCGAUAAAAGAAUUAUUGAGAAUGAAUUGGAAGGAUACGGUAUCAGGUUGAAUAAAAGUCCACCUAAUAUCUACUUUAAGAAAAAAGAGAAAGGAGGGAUCAACAUGACGAACACUGUGCCGUUAAAUCAUUUGGAUUUGGAACAAGUUAAAGCAGUGUUAAGCGAGUAUAAGAUUCAUAAUGCAGAUAUUAAUUUCAAAUGUGAUGCUACCGUUGAUGAUUUGAUAGACGUCAUUGAAGGAAGAAUUUAUAUACCCGCCGUAUAUGUACUAAACAAGAUCGACCAAAUUAGUAUAGAAGAAUUGGACCUUGUAUAUAAAAUUCCACAUGCGGUUCCUAUUUCAGCUCAUCACGAGUGGAACUUUGACGGUUUAUUAGAAAAGACUUGGGAAUAUCUUAAUCUUCUUCGAAUUUACACAAAACCGAAAGGUCAGCUACCUGACUAUAGCGCACCAGUUGUUUUAAAACAGGACCGUAACACCAUUGAAGAUUUUUGUAACAGUAUUCAUAAAGGGAUCGUUAAGCAGUUCAAAUACGCGUUGGUAUGGGGUAAUUCUGCAAAGCACCAACCUCAAAAGGUCGGAUUGACCCAUCAGCUUCAAGAUGAAGACGUGGUUCAAUUAGUUAAACAAUAA